AUGACCACACGAGAGGGAUUCUACGACCGGAAGGAAGGCUUCCAGCAAGGGCUUCCGUGCACGGCAACAAUCACCCCACGAACUAACGUGCCGGCUCAAACAUCGGACAUAUUCGAUGUCAUUGUAAUAGGCGCAGGAUACGCCGGCCUGAUAACAUGCCGAGACCUUUGUAACUCAGGAUUCAAGGUUCUUCUAAUCGAGGCCCGAGACAGAAUCGGCGGAAGAACAUACACAGCCAAUAUUGACGGCCAUCUUUACGAGAUGGGUGGUACUUGGGUUCACUGGAACCAAGCUCAUGUGUGGCACACAAUGCACCGAUAUGGAAUGACGGAGCUUUCAAGUAGUGCUCCAAGAGACAUUGGCUGUCAAAGAUUUACCGUGUCUGUCGAUGGAAAGAAAACCGAAUUAAGCCGACACGAUGAAGAAUCAAUCAUGCAAAGAGGAUUUGAAGAGCUGUUCAAUAUUGACGGGCAAAGUGGUAGAGCAUUGAUGCCUUAUCCACACGACCCGCAUCAUAAUCCCGAUAUCAAAGCCUGGGAAGCGAUAUCCGCAGCCGAGCGGAUAGAGAAAAUAAAGCCGAUUCUCAAUGAAGUCGAACUGGCGACACUACAAGCGUCCAUCGGAGCGAUAUCGGGCAAUACCAUGCAAAAUACGGGCUUUUUCGAUCUUCUCCGCUGGUGGGCUCUCAGUGGGUAUAGUGCAGCCGGCGUUUUUGAGUUCACUGAGACCUAUAAAAUUGCAGCUGGACAGUCAUCUUUUGCGCGGAUCAUCUUUGAGGAAGCCUUAGCAACGGGAAACCUCCGCUAUACAUUUGACACAGUUAUAAGCACCGUGGAAGAUAGCGGGACCCUGGUAAAGGCCACCACUUUAUCGGAGACGAAGUGGCUGGCGAAGAGAUUAGUUUCUACGAUUCCGCUGAACGUUCUGUCUCAGGUCCAAUUCAACCCCCCUUUACCACCCAAGAAGCUAGCAGCGACUCAAAAGGGACACAUUAACUUUGGAGCGAAAGUGCAUCUGGAGGCCGAGGGUUCGGAUCUGAGAUCUUGGUCUGGGGCCGCUUGGCCGAGUAAAAGGGUCUUCGCAUGUCAUGGCGAUGGCCUGACCAAUGCGGGAAAAAACACGCACAUUGUCUGUUUCGGCUCAAAUAAUGAAUUCGCGCAUCCACGUGAAGACUGCAAGGAAUUCGCAGCGGAAGUGAAGCAAUUAAUGCCUAUGCAAAUUAAUAAAGUGAUCUGGCAUAAUUGGCUCAAAGAUCCAUUCUCACGUGGUACCUGGUGUGUCUUUCCUCCAAGCUACAGCUUUCAGUAUCUUGAAGCCCUGAGAGAGCGACAUGGGAAUAUUCUGUUUUCUAGUGCAGAUUGGGCUCUUGGCUGGCGGGGGUUUAUUGACGGAGCGAUCGAAGAAGGAUCACGGGCCGCGAAACAAAUCAUAGAUGAAUUAGGCUUUCCCAAGAGGAUCGCCGGUUUACUAUAG